AUGCAGAUCCUCCUACUUGGGCAUUGUCUUCUUAUUCUACCUAGGAUCGUGGCUGGUCUCUGCGAGUGUGGCUAUGUCGCGAAUGACCUUUGGAACGGAACCAAGUCGCAGCCCUUCACCAACGCCUUUGAGAGUGACUUCGUCAACAGUAAGGAGAUAUCGAAAAACAAGCAAUGGCGGCCCCAGCAGUUUGAUAUGACAGCGCAAGCCGCUCGGGGCAAAUAUGGCAUGGCCUUCACCACAGACAAUGUCGCGUCGUGCUCCAACAGCGGCGGUGAUGCGAGGGAUUUUUGCCCAGCCAACGACAAAGGGCUUGCGCUUCGCGUCACCAGUCAACUGAAAGGUGACGCGAUACCGGUUGCUGAGGUUGCUGCUGUGAAUAGCGGCUUCAAAUGGGGCUCCUACCGUGCCGGGAUGAAAUUUCCGGCCAUGAAUGGGACCUGCGCGGCAUUCUUCUGGUAUUUCAACGACACUCAAGAGAUAGACUUUGAAUUUCUUUCUCGGGAGUAUAAUGCGGAUGAGAAGGUCUUUCCCGUGAAUCUGGUGAUCCAUUCGAAAAAGUCGAUGGAGCAGGGCUAUGACGCCAAGAAAACCGAUACGUUUAAGCGAGUGAAUCUGGAUUUCGAUCCUACCAAGGGCUUCCAUGAAUAUAGAUUCGAUUACAUGCCUGGUCGGGUUCUGUUUUACGCAGACAGCGUGCUGCUUGCGGAAAUGGCGGGUCAAGAUAUGCCGUCAGCCGCAGGCCGUCUCAUGUUACGACACUGGAGCAAUGGCGAUCCGAAGUGGUCUGGUGGUCCGCCUAAGGAGGACAGUAUACUAACCGUCAGCUACGUGAAGGCCUUCUUUAACUCGUCAGAUGGAGAGGGCAGUUCUAACUGGGACGAGGGAUGUCGGAAGAGUAACACCCCGGUUUGUGUCAUACCAAAUGGGACGGCGGGUAACGCGAGUACGGGCGGACAGUACUUUACGGGCUCGGGGGUGUGUUCUGGCCCAAGAGAAGGUUUACAGUUGACACCUAUGGUGUUGCUGACAUUUGCUUUGGUGGUUGGGAUAUUAUGGUGA